UGGGCUCCUAGGGUUAGGGUUUUGAGCAGGAGGAAGGAGACGAUGUCGGCCACGCUGCUGGAGCAAGCUCGAUCUGCGCAUGACGACAUCGAGCGUUUGGAGCGAAUGGUGGUCAAGGAGCUCCAGAAGGAGGUCAAGUCACACAAGGAUCGAUUGUACCAGAGUCAUCGCGUCAAGAUGAUGCUGGAAGCGAUGACGCUGGCGACUUCUAAGCUGGUGGAUAUCUACGAAGACGCUGAUGGUGCCAGGAGUGAUGAGAUUGCUGCGCUUGGAGGCCAAACCGCUCCCGGCCAGAAUAAUGUCUUUAGCGCUUUCUACGAUCGGCUCAAGGAGAUUCGCGAGUACCAUCGACGACACCCAUCACUCCAAGCCAUGGAAGUCGAUGAUCUGGAACAAGUUUUCCAGGAAGAACCUUACAUCGAGUUCAGUGGAGAGGAAGGGUAUGGGCGGUUUCUCGACCUGCACGAGUUGCAUCAACGCUACGUGAAUUUGAGCUUCGUGAAGAAGAAGGAUAAAGAGCAGCAGCUGGAGUACUCGGCCUACAUCGAGACCUUCUUUCAACUGCACAAAAUUCCUCAGAUGCACAAGCUCUCAAGACAGUACACUGAAUACGUGGAGGAUCUGAUGCAUUAUCUUGUGUCUUUUUACCAGAGAACUCAGCCCCUACAGGACAUUGAGAAAAAACUCACAAAGGUCGAGGCAGAGUUUGAGGAGCGAUGGCUCGCCGGGAAGGUAGAAGGCUGGGAAAACAAAGGAGUGAAGAAUUUGAAUCCGAUCAAUAUUGAUAACUAUCACUCUCCUGAAGAGCUUGUGCAGCUUGGGGGAGAGAGGCUAAAACAGUCACUGGCAUUUUUGGGCCUGAAAAGCGGAGGAACUGUCCAGCAACGCGCGGAGCGGCUCUGGCUUACAAAGCUCCAACCACUGGACCAACUUGACAGUAAGCACUUCGCUAAAGGAAUGAAACCGAAAAAGAAUGGUGACGAGUCUCUUCCAAAUAUCAAGGACAUUGCAUUGAACGAAUGUCGGAUACGUCGCUUGACUGAGCUACUUCAUGAGGCCAUCGAGGAGACGAAGGGCCACGUGGAGAAGAAGCAGGCAUUCACCUACGAGGAAAUGGAAGAAGAGCGGGAAGAACAAGUGGAAGUACAACCGGAAAGUGAGAGCGAGGAAGAGGAGCAGCAGUUUUACAAUCCGUUGAAGCUGCCGAUGGGGUGGGACGGGAAGCCGAUUCCAUAUUGGUUGUACAAGCUUCACGGCUUGGGCCAGGAGUUCAAAUGCGAGAUAUGUGGAAACUCUAGCUACUGGGGGCGAAGGGCCUUCGAACGACACUUCAAAGAAUGGAGGCAUCAGCACGGCAUGCGCUGCUUAGGAAUACCAAACACGAAAAACUUUCAUGAGAUUACUUCCAUCAAGGACGCAAAGGCGCUGUACGAGAUCAUCCAGGAGCGGUCGGGCAUGAACAAGUGGCGCCCGGACCUGGAAGAGGAGUACGAGGACAGGGACGGGAACGUCUACAACAAGAAAACUUACACCGACUUGCAACGACAGGGGCUCAUCUAAGGCACCAUUGUCUCUGUAUGUAUACUACUAACAUCUUCUAUUCGCUGUCCACAUUUUUGGAUCACAAUCAAAAACUAUGAGCAGCAGCUGUGCUGUGGAACUCUCAA